CCAUGUGUCUCAGCACUAUAUAAGGCUAGAUUAACAAGCCCUUAGCACAUUCGUUCACAGAUCUCUCUUGAAACCUACGAGUCAACUCUGACCCGCCUACCAACAUGUAUAAACUGGUUGUAUUCGCCGCUUUCCUGGCCGUCGCCUCGGCUGCUCCAGGACCAUAUGGUGUGCCUAUUGCAGCGCCCAUCGCACCUUGGGGCCAUGGUAUCGUCAGCGCCCCACUGGUGAGCGCUGGAGUAGUAAAAACUGCUGUGCCGGUCGCCACUUCUUACGCAAACACCGUUAGGAUCGCAUCCCCCGCUGUGGUAGCUGCUCACGCACCGAUUGUUGCCGCACACGCUCCCAUCGUGGCUGCACACGCUCCCAUCGUGGCUGCACCCGCCUAUGCCCACGGCUGGUAAACCAGUAACAACCCAAACAACAACCAAACUUGUUGUAAAACGCAUCAAACCAACAAAGUGCAACAGCUCACUUACUAUUUAUUUAAGCUUAAGAAAAUUGGGAAUGUCAUAUUGGAAAAACUUAGCUUGUAACAAGUUAGAUUGUUGUGCCAUUGUGUUUGUGUAAUAAAACAUACUUCGAUAA